AUGUGGGCGCGGGAGCUGCUGAAGGUGACGAGCCUCUGCUGGCAGGGCGCCUUUGCGCCUUUGACGAGCGAGGGGGAGCUGCUCGUGGACGGUAAGACCACCAUCCUGUACAAGCUGAAGUUGGGUGAGGUAGUCACAACGAUCCCAACAAUUGGCUUCAACGUCGAAACUGUGGAGUACAAGAACCUGUCCUUCACUGAUGUCCUGUUCAGAGUCAUCUUUAAUGGGGCAUCGCGGGCGAACACAAAGUCCAUGGGCGCUGUAGCACAUGUCGAGAUUGUACUGCUGGACAAGAAGGAGGCAGGGGACACCAGGAAGCUGCGGCCGUGGACCCGACAGUGGUUGGACGACACAGUUCUCGGCGGUGUAUUUGGUUCGUCGGUCUCGGACGCUCACGCGUUCAUCAACCACGAUAACACCGAAGACAUGAUCUUCGUCUCGCAGGAUCUCACAAAGUUUUUCGAUUGCAUCGACUACCAUCAGCUUUUGCAAUUGUUGGAGAGGAUGAAAAUGCCCACUGCCUUUCGCAAUGUGUACAUGGACUUCUACGCCAACGCUAGGAGGUUCCUGUGUUACAAGGGAGCAGUGACAGGAGAGGCGGACAUGUUGGCUCACAAUUUUCACUACGUCUUGAGUGACAAGCUGACAACCCUUGGCCUGAUUCACACCGUGGGGAGUCCUGGAGUCAUCGAGUUUGCCAAGGAUGUGGUCCACAAGGUUGGCGCUGAUAACCCCCACAUUGUGCAUGAGUGGAUCAACGACCACAUGCGGAGCAGUGAACUGCGGACUUUGUGGUCGGGAUGGUCAUUGGUGGAGCGUUACUUGCGUCAGCUCAGCAUGAAGGAUGAGAUGCGCGACGCCGUGCUGCUGGUCUUCGCAAACAAGCAGGACCUGCCAAAUGCGAUGACCGCAGCUGAGAUCACGGAGAAGCUUGGGCUUCACCAAUUGCGGCACCGCCAGUGGUUCAUUCAGUCAGCUUGCGCGACCACAGGUGACGGUCUGCACGAGG